AUGGAUCGAAGCAAAGCAGAUGCUGCCGCGACGCCAGGCGCAUGCUUCCCCACGUCGUCCAUGCUCAAGGAGCCGAGGCCGAUGGCAGAAGCUGUCGCCGGUAGGUUUGCCCUAACGUUGCAACCAGCUGCCCAUGGUGAUAUGAGCGAAAGUUUUUAUCCCGGUGUUGAGGAUGGAGAUUUCAACUCUCAUGCUGAGAAAACUGAAGGAAUUGCAGCGUUUGAGCCGAUUGUUCUUGGUGAUGUGGGCGAAAUCUCUUGUCCCAACUUUGAGGAUGGUGGUGGAUAUUUCAACUCCGACAACGAGAAAUCUGAAGAAACUGCUGCAACAUGUUUGGAGAGAGUCAUACUCGCUCAUAAUCAUAGCUUUGUAAGCCCUGACAAGACACACAUGCUUAGAUCACAGCAGCGUAUGACAAAAGCGGACGAGCAUAUCAUUAGCAAAAUGCGGCAAGCUGGUGUUAGGCCAACUGAAAUAUAUGAUUUUUUUUUCAGCGGUGGUCAGGUGGAGCUGAGAAUGUGCAUUUUUUGA